UCGGGUUGCCUAUUUGACACCGAAACAAUUUAAAUAUUUUUUAUUUAAGAUUUGAUUAAAUUCACCGAAUUUUUAAUUUCAUUAUGUUAAUUGCGAGUCUUACUUCUUGAAAAAUUAGUUUUAGUGAAUUACUGGCCGAUUGUUGUCAAGAAAAAACUGACAUUAAUUGCAUUCAAGUUGCAUGGUGGAAUUGAGAACCUUGUACUCGCGAAAACAUGGAUUUGGAUUCAGACGAUGAAAAUGUUAUAGAAGAGGAUUUUUACUCAUUUUUAAAUGUCCCAAAAGAGGCUACUAAAGAAGAAAUCAGUAAUGCCUAUCGACGUCUCAGUCGCAUGUACCACCCUGACAAACAUGUGGACCCUGAACUCAAAACUAAAGCUGAAAUUUUAUUUAAUAAAACCAAAAAGGCUUAUGAGGUCCUCUCUGACCCCCACAGGAGGGCUAUUUACGAUUCUUUGGGUAUGAAAGGAUUGGAAACUGAAGGUUGGGAGAUUGUGCAACGUACCAAAACGCCGGCUGAAAUUCGGGCAGAGUAUGAACAGCUAGCUGAAGAAAGGGCUGAAAGAAGAAAACAACAAAGAACAAAUCCGAACGGUAAUAUAACAGUCGUGAUCAACGCAACGGAUUUAUUUAACCCAUACGAAGACGAAAUUUUCGAAGAUGACUUUGAACCGGAUUUGCUACAAAGGUUUCCCAAUAUUGAGGUUUCGUCAAUGCAAUUUUCCCAGUCUGUUGAUUUCCCAUUGACGCAGAAAGACACUUGCACUUUGUCAGGGCAACUACAAGCACAGAAUGGCACCGGGGGCGGCGCGGUUAACCUCAGUUGGAGGCAUAUUUACUCGCAUAAAAGUUGGGCAGAAGUUGAAAUGGCUGCUGGAAGUGGCCCUUCUGUUUCAUUUAAAGGGUUUAGAACAUUAUCAAAGAGAUUUUUCUGGAAUGGAGGGACUAUUCUGCAAUUUACUCCCGAGGGAAUUCGUCCUGGGAUCAUGUCUACUUUAGCGAUGCAAAUUGAUAAGCAUUCUGUUGGAUACCUGACAUACCACGGAGGAAUCAGGUCGUUUGUAUCAACUUCUGUUGUUAGAGACACUGAAUUCAAUCAUUACAACUUAUCAAUACAAGUUGGUUUACCUCACUCUUAUAUUUCUUUAAAUUAUACUAGAAAAAUGAUAAAUCAAGAACUGAAAUUGCGAAUAUCGAUUAAGGCUGGCACAUUUGGUGGUGUGAUCGAAUAUGGCGCUGAAAAGAAAGUGUCAAAACAUAGUAAUUUAUCGUUUGCUGUAACAGUUGGAGUUCCAUCAGGAGUUAAAUUAAAAAUUAGGUUGACGCGAGCUAACCAGGUUUACAACUUUCCGAUUCAUCUCUGUGAAGAAAUAAUGCCGUCUCCUGUGUUUUAUGCAACGGUGAUACCCUUAGUAGUGUAUGUAGUAGUAAAGAAAGGUUUCGUUGAACCGUUUCUUAAAGAGCAAAAAGCAAAAAAAGUUGAAAAACAGAAACAAAACAAUUUCAAUAAAUUAUUAGAGAAACGGAGAGAAGCAUUAGCAGCUCAAGACCUCAUGAAGGCGACGUAUGCUAGAAUUAGAGAUGAGGAAGAGAAUAAAAAGGGUCUUGUGAUUAUUAAGGCUAUUUAUGGAAAAAUCUCGACAGACCCCAAUGAACUUGGGGAUCACGAAGUGACCAAUGAAAUAAUUGACGUAACAGUACCUAUUCAAUGUACAGUGAAAGACAGCAAACUCGUUUUGCAUGAAAACACAAAGAGUCAAUUACCGGGAUUUUUUGAUCCAGCAAUGGGAGAGGAUAAAAUGUUACACAUUAUUUAUAAUUAUAGGGAACAGCCUCAUGAAGUUACAAUCAAAGAUAACGAAUCCUUGAGGUUACCUAAAACUUCUCAUCGUACAAAUGUAACAUAAUGACGAUCCACCCCGAAAUAGUUUCCUUAGGACAAUGAAUUUGUGAUAAAGUUUAAGUCAUCAGCUUAAGUUGGUACAGAAUUUGUAACUAUUGUUUGUACCAAUGAUGUGUUCAAGUUGUUUUAAGUGAGUACUGCUGGUUUUAAACUUUUACAAGGCCAAGAUUGUUGCAUAGUCUUGUUAAUUUUAACAAAUACAUUUGUUAUUUACAAGUGA